CUUUUGACUUCAAAACUUAAAAGUUUGACUAGCAAGCUGAAGUCCGUUUCUGAUCUCUAUUUCAAAGGAAUUUUCUGACAAAUGUUCUUUCACAUGUUGACAGGAGCAAUUUGAUCAUUCAAGAAACAUGCUUAGACAACCUUCAGGUCAAGUUUUGGUCAACGGUACAAAUCAUUCAAAUGGUAUGCCAAGUAAAACACGACUCAAAUGGACUCAAGAUCUCCAAGACCAGUUUGUGGAGUGUGUGAAUUGCUUAGGUGGUCAAGAAAAGGCUACUCCAAAGGCGAUACUGAGAAUGAUGGAUUCAGAAGGGUUAACAAUCUAUCAUGUUAAAAGCCAUUUACAGAAAUACAGAGUUAACAAUUAUUGGUCGGAAACUGCCAAAGGAAAUUUGGAGAAGAGAAAGAGUAUUGAUACAAUAUCGCAAAUUGAAAAUAUAACAGGCAUGCAAUUUAAGGAUGCACUACAAAUGCAACUUUCUGUACGAAGGCAACUUCAUGAGCAACUAGAGAUUCAGAGAAACUUGCAGUUGAGAAUAGAGGAACAAGCAAAGCAACCGAAGAUGACGUUUGAUUAACAGAAUUUGGAAAUCACAUCUUUAAUUACAUGAUGAUCAACUCUCCACAAAUCUGAAAUCUUGAUGAUGAUGAUGAGAUUGUAAACUUUGAAGGUGAGGAUGAAAGUACCCUUUUCCCAUUCAAGAAAAGUUAGCUUUCUGUCAAACUUUUUGAUGAGAUAUCAAUUGUGUUUUAGAGUUGUCUAUUUACAUGAUCAACAAAACAAAAGUUAACUUGCAGAUAAUUGUCAGGCUCAACUUUUAGUGAAUGAACUUUAAUAUCUUGAUGAA